CUGCUGGGAACACAUCUGUUAAGGAGUAUCCGUCAGUAGCCCCAACCAGAAACAUGGCCUUCGCAUUGUCCGAGGAUCAGUUUCGGUGCAGCAUCUGUCUGGACAUCUUCAAUAACCCUGUCUCUAUCCCAUGUGGGCACAACUUCUGCCGGGGAUGCAUCAAACGCUUCUGGGAUACCAGACAUAUGUGUGCGUGUCCACUGUGCAAAGAGAACUUCGAAACCCGUCCAGAACUCAGGAUCAACAUAGACCUAAAAGACAUCACUGAGAAAUUUAAAGGGUCUUUGGAGGGCAAGCCACCUUACAAGCCUGCCCCACCAAAGAGGAUUUUCCCAAAACAAAUUUCUUUUGAAGUUUUCUGUGAUGUCUGCCAUGAGACCGUUAUGGCGGCCAAGUCGUGCCUCGUCUGCCAGGUGUCUUACUGUGAAGUUCACCUGACGCCUCAUCUAAGGGAUCCGAUUUUGACGAAGCACAGACUGACAGAUCCGGCCACCUUUGUCACUAGUCACCUCUGCAGAAGUCACAACAAGCUCCUGGAUAUGUUUUGCAAAAGGGAACAGAUACCUGUCUGUAUGCAAUGCAGAGAGAGCAUCCACAGACACCAUCAGAUCGUCCCGCUUGAGAAGGAGAGCAGGAGAAUCAAGACUCAGUUGAAGAUGGUCGAAGCUGAGUAUCAGCAGAUGGUCAAAGACAGACUCAAAAAGCUUGCAGAGAUCAAGACCUUGGGGGAGCUGAGCAAAACAAAUAAUGAACAAGAGAUACAAACAAGCAUUGAAGUCGCCACCACGGUGAUAAGCAUCAUUGAGAAAAACCAGGCUUCGCUCAUUGAGGAGAUCGAGCACAAACGGUCGGCGGCUGAGAGGGAGGAGGAAGAGCUUGUCAAUGAGCUCGGGCGGGAAAUCAAUGAAUUGCAGGGGAGACAAAGUGAGCUGCAACACCUUGAGCAAACCGAUGACCCUCUUCAUCUCCUGCAGAGUUUCCCCUCUCUGACUGCUCCACUGUUCACCAAAGACUGGUCCCGGGUCAGUGUCCAGUCGGACGGCUGCAUAGGGACAGUGAGGAGAGCAUUCUCCAAGCUGGUGGACGUGUGCCAGCAACUUGAAAAGAAACUGUCUGCAGACGAAAUUAGGAAGGCAACUCGGUAUGCAGUGGAUGUGUCUCUGGAUCCAGUGACUGCCUCGGGUUGGCUGUGUCUGUCCCCAGAUGGGAAACAGGUGAGCCUCAGCCUCCAGCAGAAGAAACCCUCCCCCCCUGAUGACCCCCGCAGGUUCGACUCCUGCGUCUCCGUCUUGGGGAAACAAAGCUUCACGUCUGGGAAAAGUUACUGGGUGGUUCAGGUUGGAGAUAAAACAGACUGGGAUCUCGGCGUGGCCAAGGAGUCCAUCAACAGGAAGGGGUCCAUCACAGUGUGUCCUGACAACGGUUACUGGGCGAUCUGCCGACGAAAAGGCGGCAGCCUCAGCGCCUGCGCCGGCCCCUCCGUCACACUCCACCUCCAGGAACCCCCCCAGAAAGUCGGCGUCUUCCUGGACUACAAUGAAGGAAUGGUGUCCUUCUACGACGCAGAAGCAAAGACUCACAUUUACACUUACAGCGGGUGCAACUUCACUGAGCCACUAUAUCCGUAUUUGAACCCCUGUCUCCAUGACAACGGGAAGAACACCGCCCCGCUGAUUAUCUGUCCUGUUGAGGUUGGGCUCGCUGACGAGAUUGACAGAUUUUGAAAGGGAAACUCAGGGCUUGUUUGGACGGCAAAGUCAACGCACAUUUCCUUAUCUGUCGUGCAUAUACAGGUUAUUACAUCACCGCUGUCCAAAGGUCAGAUAGGUACCCUCUUACCCUGAUGCCCCUCUAACCAACAGUUAACAUUUGGAGUUCUACAACAAUCCUGUUUUAACAUGUUAUGUUUCUGUAUAUA